AUAAAACAAAAAAAAAAUGCAUGGUGCGAGAAAGAAUUGCAGAGAAUCAGAAAGUGCUAGCCGAUUGCACACCUGCACAUGAGAACGAAACGUGAAUGUGGACAGCAAUGUAAAACGUACUUAAGCUGGGGUGAAGGCCACCAAAUGACAGUUGAACUUUCAGUUCUAUUCCAAAAGCAAGCAUAUUUUGUGUUCCCAAAAUGAGUCCUUCGUUUGCGACUCUCAUGUUGCUAUUCAUGGUGGCUGCUUAUGCAGCAGAUCUGUCUUCAAAUCAGUUGGCAGGCAUCGAGGACUUUCCGGACUUUGAGGAUAAUUUGGACUCCGACGAUGUUACGGUAACAGAGGCCUCAAAUGGAACCAAAGUACUAACGGAAGCCACAAUAAUAACGGGAACCACCAUUUCCUCAAUUGUAACCACAAAUGAUACCAAAACUGGUCCCACAGCUAGUCCUAUAUUUGUUAAUGCAGGAGAAAAAGAUACUAAUGUUUCUUUCUCAGCGGGAUCUGUAAAUGCUACCACAUCUGAUUCCGCAGAAGAUUCCUCAACUGUUCUUACCACAAAGGAUUCUAGAACGAUUGACUCUGUUUCAACCAUAUCACCAACUACAACUCAAUCAUCUACCAUAAAUGGUUUCACAACCACUGUUUCCACCAGUAAUCCAGCUACUACUAUUUCCACAACAAGAGUUUCCACAGCAACUGACUCUACAAUAACUGUUUCCACCACACUUUCUACAACCGAUGAAUCUUCACCGUCUGAUUCUACCACGGACUCUUCAACAACGGUCCCGUCUGCCCCACCUGCCUUAACAACUGAUUCCACAACAGAUAAAUCCACAGCAUCCUUUUCCACCACAGAUUCAACAACAGAGUAUUCAACAACAGAUUCAACAACAGAUAAUUCUUCAACUUCCGAUUCCACCACAGACUCAAUAAAGGAUUCCACAAUAGAUAAAUCUACAACUUCUGUUUUCUUCACAGAUUCAACACCAGUUAUAACCACCACAACUGAACAACAAACGGAAGACGAAAUCGUUUUGUCCCUCUUGGCUGAAGGUUUCGCUGGUCUAAUUGAGUCCGAUUCUUUGAUUAAUGCCAUCAGCACACUAAACUGGAACAUAAGCGCAGGCCUUGACAAUCAGUCAGAGUAUUUUGGUCUAAUCGAAAAUACAGAAGAGCUUCUGCAAAACACCACGAAAGCACUUCUGUCUUGGGAGGCCAAACUUCUUCAAGAAGUCGUCAAUUCCAUACAAAGGAUAGACUUAUUGGCCAACCGCACAAGCGACACCAUAACACAUUUGCUUAGAUUCCAAAAGUUUUACCACGAUCGGAUCAAGCACCUUGGUGGUAAACUUAAAGCAACCCAAAGUGAAAUCCUUCGCAGAUCUAAGAGAUUGGACAACAAGAUCAACUUUAUUGACCAAAUACUUAGGACAUACAUCGAGCCAAAAGUAAAUGGUUUAACACAAUCUUUGGCCAAUUUAAAUACUUCCCAAGUCAAUUCUCAAAUAGAGCUGGAGAACCUGUCUAUAGUUGAGAACCUUACCAAGGCUUCUAUUAUUAAGAUGUCGUCUUUGAAUAACCAAAUAGCUAUAUUCAACCAAGCUCAAGAAAGCCGUUUCUACGCACUAGACAUCGACGUUAAGUCCUGGGCUCCCACUAAACUCAACACGAUAGACGAUCUCUUUCAGACUCUAAGUAUUUCCCAAAAACGAACCGAUUUGGCAUUGGCCAUCUGCGGAUCAUUGAUCUAUUAUCCCAAUAGCUAUUCUAGUCGUUUGGAAAACAAUAAAAUUCACUACGUCAACUACGAAUCAGAAAAGCAUUAAAUAGAUAACCCUGACGAGAUUUCAAGUGGCGAGGAUGACAUUAGACCUCCUCCAAAAAAAUCUAAACUGAAGAUAGUUUAAAUGGAAACCAAAUUAAGACAACCAAUCAACAAC